AUGUCUAACCAGGGAUGGGAAGCUAUUGCCGCUGCAAAGCGAAAGGCGCUAUCUGACAGUAUCCCCUCGGAAUGGCGUAUCCCAGCCGACAUCUUUCCGGCCGAGACACAAGAAGAUGUCACUGGAUUCCCGAAAUCCUCGGGCUGGUUUACGGAGAAAGAGCUUGAGAUUACCGGUAGCACGGCGACACAGUUGCUCCAGAAACUCGCCUCAGGGGAGUUGAAGAGCGAGGAGGUGACAAAGGCGUUCUGUAAGAGGGCGGCCGCUGCUCAUCAAUUGACAAAUUGCCUAUCCGAGACGCUCUUCGCGGCAGCCCUUGACACGGCCCGUUCGCUCGAUGAGCAUCUCGCACGAACAGGCAAGCCUAUCGGUCCGCUCCAUGGUCUGCCCAUUUCCUUGAAGGACAACUUCAAUUUGAAGGGAAUUGACUCCACGGUCGGAUUCAUUGCCUAUGUCAAUGACCCGGCCAAGUAUGACAGUGUCUUGGCGGAGAUCCUCCGCGGGGCUGGCGCCGUGUUCUACGUUAAGACGAAUGUUCCAACGGCCAUGAUGAUCGCAGAAUCCGUUAAUAAUGUCUUUGGCCGGACCGUCCACCCUAGAAAUAGGAACCUCACCAGUGGAGGCAGCUCUGGUGGUGAGUCCGCACUCAUCGCGUUCGGAGGUAGUGUAGUCGGCGUCGGGUCCGAUAUUGGUGGUUCGCUCCGGAUCCCAGCCGCUUGCACUGGUAUCUUCACACUUCGUCCUUCAUCAGGACGAUUCCCAACCACGCGGUGCCGUGCAGGGUUGGCCGGCCAGGAAGCCGUGCUAAGUGUGAACGGUCCCAUGACACCAAAUCUCAACGAUCUAGAGUUGUACUGUAAGACAGUGGUUGGCGCAGAGCCUUGGAUUUCUGACCCUCGCUGCAUUCCGAUUCCAUGGCGGAGUGCCGAGCUCCCCCAGAAGCUGAAGAUCGGAGUGUUGUGGAAUGAUGGAAUGGUCACGCCAACUCCCCCCGUCAAGCGAGCUCUCGAGCACACCGUUCAGAAGUUGAAGGCAGCUGGCCAUGAACUGGUCGACUGGUCCCAUGAAGACCAUGCCGAGUUACUCAGCGUGCUCGCGCGGUCGUUCGUCUCUGAUGGAGGCAAAUCGGUCAGAGAAACGCUCAAGGGGACUGGUGAGCCGUUCCGAGAAGAGAUGUCCGCGUACGAGCAGGCGAAAGAAGUGGGGGGAUAUGACAUGUGGCAACUUCACAUCCAGCGGAACGAAAUCCAGAAGAGAUACCUGGACCGUUGGAACAACGCUGGUAUCGACGUGCUCCUGCUGCCUACAACCCCAUUCGCAACGGUGAAGAACGGCCAGUUCAAGCAUGUUGGAUACACGGGCGUUUAUAACGUCCUUGACUACGCAGCCACAUCAUUCCCGACCGGCCUCUCAGUGGAUCAGGAUGCCGACAAGGCGACCGGUGCUGGUUUCAAACCCCUCACUUCAAUUGACGAAGAGAUCAAUUCUGAAUAUGAUGCUCAAGCUGUUCUUGGCAUGCCCAUUAGCUUGCAACUCGUGGCGAGACGGCUCGAAGAGGAAAAGGUUAUUGAGGCAACCAAGGUUGUCCUCGACGCCUUAUCUAAAUGA